UAAAACGCGGUUAGUCUUAAAUUAGAGAGAUAGAGAGAAAUGAAGACAAUUUUCACAAAUAAUUGAAAACAAAUUACAAUUAAGUAAAAUGAAACAACAAAGCAGUAGAUAAUAGUGUAUCAUUCACUGUGGAUGUUUUUGCUUUCAGGUCAGGGCACUGGAUGGUGAAAUAUCUUGUAAUUCUUGCCUUGCUGUUCUGCGGAAAUCCCGAAGAUGGCGCUGUUAUAACAAUAUUAAUGGUAAUGUUGCAUCCAGCGGUUUUGCCUCAUUGAUCUACGUUCUGCUAAUCCACUUUAUAAAAUGUUAGAAUGAAUAGGGGCCUGAAGGCAUAAUUUCUCACAGCGAUGUACACACAUUGAAACCGAUGCAAGAGUCUGAAAACCUACGGUGAAAAAGCGAUUCACGUUAGAAGAACAGCAACUUGCUACCUUUGCUGUGACUUAUUGCGACCCAGAGGAGCUGGUCUGCGCAUGCGCACUGCAUCGGUUCUAUGGGGACGGGGAGGACAUCACGGAAAAAACGUAGAAGCAACACCACAAACCCCACGCCGAGAUUUCGUGUCUUCGCUGCGCUAAAACCGCACGACGAAAGCGCCUUACGACUAUGCCCGGUGCGGCGUUAACGUGCGGGACAACCACUUGACAGGCCUGGGCGAGGUCUGAGCCGUUGCUGGGAGAGGAAAGACAUUUCUUCUUAUGGGAGCAGCAUGCGGGAAAUGGUCGGAGGUUGCUGCGUGUGUUCGGACGAGCGAGGCUGGGCUGAGAAUCCUCUGGUGUACUGUGAUGGACACGGCUGUAGCGUCGCCGUUCACCAAGCAUGUUACGGCAUUGUCCAGGUGCCCACUGGCCCAUGGUUCUGUCGGAAGUGUGAGUCACAGGAGAGGGCGGCGCGUGUGAGGUGUGAGCUGUGCCCCCACAAAGAUGGCGCCCUCAAGAGGACCGACAGCGGAGGCUGGGCUCACGUUGUAUGUGCACUCUACAUCCCUGAAGUGCAGUUUGCCAAUGUCCUCACCAUGGAGCCCAUCAUCCUGCAGUAUGUCCCGCAUGAGAGAUACAUCAAGACCUGUUAUAUUUGUGAGGACCAUGGGAGGGAGAGCAAGGCUGCCUGUGGAGCUUGCAUGACCUGCAACAGACAAGGCUGCAGACAAGCUUUUCACGUCACCUGUGCUCAGAUGGCCGGUCUGCUGUGUGAGGAAGAAGGCCCAGAAGCUGACAAUGUGAAAUACUGUGGCUACUGCAAGCAUCACUACAACAAGAUGCAGAAGAAGUUACGCUCUAGUGAAAAUACAAGUAGCUCUUUCAGUCAUUCCAGGGGGCGCUCCAGCUCUCCCCCACAGGACAAACACCACCACCACAGGCAGCGGAAGAGUCAUAAGGACAAGAUUCGUCAAAAAGAGCGCCACAAGAAGUCCUCUGACAGCCUGGGCUCUUCAGUGACCACCGACAGCAUAGAGAAGAUCGCCUCCAGUCACCACGGCAACAAGGAGAGUGAGGGAAAGUCCAAGAAGCUGAGCUCGCACAGUCAUGGUCAUCGCAGUAAGAAGACAGGAAGCACUGGCAAGAGCUGCUCCUCCUCCUCCUGCUCUUCCAGCCCAUUCAACACAGUAGGUGGCUCCUUGUCGUCUGCUCAAGAUUUCCAUCAGUUUUCAUCUUCCUCCCGCCUGGAGCGUGACCAUGACCGAGGAGGUGACGACCACAGUGGAGAGGAGCGCAAGGAGCGUCACAGGAGGCCAGCGGUCCAAGAGGACGAAGAUGAAGAGGAUGAUGAGAAGGGGGAGGACAAAGAUGAGGAAGAGGAGGAGGAGGACAGUAAAUACCACAAGCCACCAGCACUGACUCCUGCCGAUGGCCCACUGGCAAGCUCACAGAGUCACGACAAGUCAGACGGCAACUCCAGCCCUUUCGAGAACAAGGUCACCAUCUCUACCUUUGGCUCCAUCAUGCGCAUCACCUCCUCAUCAGGGCUGGGCAGCAGCAGCAAAAUCCGCAAGAUCUCCUCCUCAGGGGACUACAAACCCUCCAAGUCUCUCUGCAAGCCGUCUCAGCUGAGUACAGCACCUAUCCUGGAGGAGGCAGACGUGGAGGACAAAGCCACACCUCCAGCACUGCCCCGAGAGCGGAGGCACCGUGUCAACAAGAAGAGCCGUCAUGGUCCAGGGCGCCCACGGGGCAGCAAGAACCGGGACAGGAGGGAAGAAGAGCAUCAUCACCACCAUCACCACCCAGCACCUCUUCCUCCAGCGCUAACAUCCUCACUGUACACGAGCCCAUCCUCCAUCCCACACCCCGCCUUCCCCUCCACGCUACCUCCCACCACCACUUCUUCCUCUUCUUUCUCCUCCUCCUCUGCCGGCAGUUUUUCCACAGGCCGUGGUAACUCGCUGCUCGGCUCCGGUAUCUACUCCAGUCUGAAGGACCCUCUCACACUGGGCAGUGUCUGUAGUACCCCUCUCUCUCUGAGUGGAGGAAUGUGUAGCACUUCCUUGUCCCUGGGAGGGGGCAUGUGUAGCACCCCGCUCUCCUCAGGACUCCUUCCAUCCCAUGUCUCCCUUCCGUCAGUCAACGCUGUCUCAAACACACAGGUCCACCCAGGGUCCAGCACCUCUUACAGCCUGACCUCCACUCAGCCUUUCGCCACCUGUCUGUCCACAGCCCCAACACUGCCACCACUACUGAGUCAAGCCCAGACCUCAUUGCAAGAGCCCGACCUCGAUGACUGUCGCUUCCCAUGUCAGGGGAACUCACCAAGAGAGAGUCUUUCCUCACAGUCUCCCAUGAGCUGUCUUCCUCUUCUCUUUGACCAGAGAGAUGGGUUGGGUGCAGGAGUUAGAGCCCGUCCCGAGAACGUCCCUCCAGCAAGCUCCCACAUUGAGCUCCUGCUGGAGAAACAUGGCAACGAAGAGAUGGGAGUCAACAUUGUGGAGAUGCUCCAGUCGCUACACUCCCUGCAGCAGGAAAACCAGCGCCUCCAGGACCAGAUCCUCAGCCUGACAGCCAAGAAGGAACGACUGCAGCUGCUCAACACGGAGUUGGCUGUGCCUUUUCCUCCACAUGCUCAUUCUGCCCAGGGAUCCAUGCACACCUCUGCCCAGAUCAGCUUCCUGUCAUCCACCCAAGACCCCCUGAGCACCAAUAAGAGUCCCCUGUCGAAAAGCUGUUUCCUGACUGACACCUCUUUUGUUACCUCAUCUGAGGAGCUGCACUCCGGUAGUCCGUCCCGCAGUAGCUCAUCCCUCUCCUUCCAGAGUACCCCUCCUCCUCAGCAGAGCCCCGCCUCUUUUGGCCAGCCUGUGCUGAACGGCCUGAGUCGAGGUCUGACUGACAGCUUGGGGACCACCAGUCAGGCUGGCAGCCCCUCUUUGCCCAUGGUGGGUGGUCUCAUGGCGUCGCUCGCAGGGAGCGCUCAGCUGAAUAUGAACGGUGUACUGGGCAGUCUGAACGGUGUGAUCCAGUCUCCUGUGCAGAACGCCCCUCAGGCCGCACUCCCUGCUCUCCGCCCCCAGCCUCCACCACUCAAUCCCCAGGCACUGGCACAGGGCUUCCAGCUCCCCAAGAGUGUGAGCCCGUCUUCGCUCCUGUCAGAGCAGCAGAAGCAGCUUCUUCUCGAGCAGCAGCAGCUCCAGCAGUUCCUCACCUCACAGAACUUCACUCCUGAGCAGCAGGUGGUGGUGUGCCAGAUGCUGCAGCAGCAGAGACAGAGGGAGCUGCAGCGCCUCACACUGACAGGAGCGCUCGCGUCCACCCCAAACUCCCCCAUGAUCUCCCAGUCCCCUAGCCUGCUGUCCUCAGCUGCGGCCUCUCCCGGCCAGGUAGGCAGCCUGUUUGGUCUGCAGGACAGCACCCUCCACAAGCCCGGGGCCACAGGAGAGAAGGGUGGAGACAAGAACGGCUGACAUCUAUCAGUAACAGAGGAUCAGCUCAGAUGAAGAACUCGGGCAUCACACGCCCACUUGAAGAACCGAGGUCAACUUACAAGGCAUUUGAACGUCUUUCCUUCUCUGUCAUCUUCAUCUUAAAUCCUGUGAAUGUAUAACAAGAUGGACAGAACAUCAAGGUGAUGUUUUUUGUGUGUGGAAAUUCUUCAUAUCAGAGGUUCUCAUAGGUUUUUGUGUAGGCAGCUUUCAUAAAGCCCAGGGUCUCUUCUUAAAUUGCACUAAUUUGUUAGCUAGAUCAGUGGGGCCGCUUAUGAAGACAGAGCCAGAGUUCCUGUUCUUCCCAGCAGGUGCUGUCUGAGCUUUUGGUUUGAAGUGUGAACUCGAGGUCACAGUGUCUCCUCCUGGACUUCUGAAGCACUGACCGUUGGUGAAUCCCCUUCAGGUCCUGAACCAGAGUUCCCAUUCAGUCAGUGAGAAUCAGCAACCUCAACUGUCUUCCUUGAUAUUUUGUCUUCCCUUUGUGUUCAUCCAUCUAAAUUUCAUCCAGGUGUUCUAUAUGUCACAGCCGCUCACAGGCACCUAAUAUGUAACAGAUACUGUCAUUUUCCUCGUGUGGUUAGUGGCGUGUCAAUGUUAAGCUAGUAAUUACCUCAGACUUUUCACCCACUUAUUUUGCUUUGUUGACAUUCUGUGAUGACUCAUUACCGCAAUAGCCUUCACUGGAUCGAAAUACCCACCAAAAAACCUGGUGCUAAUUCUAAGCAUUCUCAUGUAAAUAUAAAAAUGUCACACGACCCACGUGUCAAAAAUGGCGCCACUGUCUACUAGAGACGGGUAUCAACGUCAACGCUGAGCACCAGGUUUUAUCUGAACCACCCUCAAGAGUUUCUAAAGAGUUUUCUAUCCUUCCAGUUGCUGUCGAGAUUAAGCAAAUGAAACCAAACAUUUGGAAAUUGUAAGUAAGAAAUCGUUUUUCCUAAACAAGUGUGCACUUUGCAUGUUAGAGCAAAUUAGCCAUCAGCAUAGUUCCUUAUAAAGGAUACCUGGUACUUACUAAGUCACUAGGGACUGACAGGUUGUUGAUUUAUAUGAGUAUUUUGCACUGUGUCCUGAAGUGUCAGUUUUUUUUUGUUACUUUCAUACCUAGAUAUUCUUUUCAUGUCUGCCAACUAGUUGUUCUUUUAGCAAUACUGGAUAGAUAAUGCCUUAAUGAUGCUAGAUUGACAGAGAGCCCAUGAGCCCAGAGGCUCACUCUCUCCUUGUCUUUCUUUGAUAGUGUUUUUUUAUCUCGGGUACAUGAAGGCGUGCGUUUGUAAAGUGAAAGCGCUGUUCCUAAACCCAUUUAUACCUUUGAUAGCUGACUGAUGAUUUCAACAGUUGAAAUGUGUCAGUAACCGUAUAGUGGUAACUAAAGUGUCAAAUCAUUUUCUAUUGUAAUUUUUGUGUUCAGAUGCAAUGUUCUUUAGAUGUUUGUGAUACAGAGAACUGAGAAACAAGGACUUGUUGAUAAAGUAAAGCUUGCACAGUGGUGUCAAUAGAAGACAGCUGGGGACAGCCAAGAUGUAAACUAUUACUGAAGAGCUGUUGCAACCCUGUAUGAUACAUAGUGUAGCUGUAAUCAGCACUGAGAAGAUGGUGAAUUGCCAGUGUUGUUACACUUGGCCUUUACUGCAGGGCUGUGUGAGCCCAUCUUCAUAACUUAAGUCAAUGU